AUGUGCGCAUCACGAUCAUCAUCACCUGUGUCGUCGGUAAUGUUGUCUAACAAUGAAGAUGAUCUGUUCAAAAAAUUCAAACUUAAACAUCAUCGAACGACUCAGUCAGUACAAGAAAAUGACGAUCAAGGUGAUACUGCUGGCUCCGAUGAGUGGACAUCCCAAUCGACAACACCUGAAUUGGAUGUUGAUCCUCAUUUUGAAGAUUAUUAUCAUAUCGAUACAUCAAAGUCAGCGCAUCAAAAACGACAAAAGCAUUUGCUAACACCAGACAUUGACGAGCUUCAAAAACGAGAAGAUGAAAUCGUUCGAUCAUUAAAUCAAUUUCAACCAAAGGACGCACAAGAUUACUAUUCGACGGAUAAUAGUAUGAAAUCUGCACGUGAUCAAAGACGACCAUAUAUGCAAUGUGGAGUAUGUCAUGACCGUGCAACAGGGAUUCAUUAUGGUUUGGCAACGUGUGAAGGUUGCAAAGGUUUUUUCAAACGUACAGUGCAAAACAAGAAAAAAUACCGUUGUAUUGGUAAUGGUUCGUGUAUUAUCGAUAAAUCUCAACGUAACCGUUGUCAAUACUGUCGGUUUACCAAGUGUUUAGCAAAAGGUAUGGUUAUAGCCGCUGUUCGCUUCGAUCGAACACCCGGCGGACGAACGCCUGCGAAUGUUGCACAAUUAUAUAAAUAUAAUAAGGAAAUAAUACACAGUGAACAGCAUUCCGAACAAAGUAAUUUAUCAGUAAAAACCAUAGAACUCCAAGAACUGAUCAUGUCCGAUGCUGAACUCAAAGCAAAUAUUGAAAGUAAACUCAAUCAAUCCUUGUCAAUCAACUCAAACAUUAGUGUUGCUGAUCAUUUUGCUCAACUCUCCACCAUUGAUACAUUAUUUGAUCAUUUGAAACCUUUGCUUCAUUGUCAUGUUCCUCUGACAGAUGAUCUCAUUAAAAAGACCUCGCAUUUGUUAAUCGACUCGUUCAUGACAUGGUACCGUUCUUUAUCAUUCUAUUCAUUGUUAGAUAAAAAUCUCAAUCAAUACAUUCUCAACACUUACUGGCCAAGAUACAUUCUCUUAAUCGUAUGUUACUUCUUAACAACCAAGUAUAGCAAUGGAAAAUUUUUCUCGUAUAACACAUGCCUACAACGUCUAAUGGAUUAUCAACAAGUUAACUACCUUUCUUCGAUUUCACAUGGCAUUGUCGAAGAAUUUUUUAAAGUCUUAACUCAACUCGUUAGUUUACAACUGACAGAAACGGAAGUAACAUUGUUAUCAAUUUUACUUGUUAUUCAAUAUGAUCAAACAAACCAAGUAGUCGAUCAAAGAGAUUUGCUUCAACUCGAACACAUUUAUCGACAAAAUUUACAUCAAUAUGAGAAUGGAACAUUUCCUGGCGUUCAACCCAAUCGUUACAGCGACAUUCUACAUUUACGGGAACAACUAGCACGUUUAGCUGAUCUGCUUAUAGAAAAACAUCACUUCUACACACCGUUUCUUCUCAUUCCUAAUUAA